CCUAUUGUCAGACAGCCGGAGCACAUGAGGGAGCAGGCCCCGCCGUUUCAGCCGCAGCAGCCUCAGCAACGUGCUGCGCCGCCUGUGAUCGAGGUACAGUCGCAGACGCAGCGCGCGCAGCUCUCGGCUCUCGACAUUGCACAGGCGGCGCAGCACAUCGACAACGCAUGCAAGAAGGCAGUAGAUGGCUUUCCAGUUGCACAGGAGAUCGACAUCACGAAUCAGAUUAUAGAGGUCCUCCAGGCGCGCAUCCAAGCGGCAGAUCAGAUCCCCGAGGAGGAGUUCCAUGCCAUACAGGACAUGAUCGACAGAGUCAAGGCCAUCCAGUCCUCGGCGGACCCGGAG